UUGUAAAAUGCUGGCUUUGACCAGGCCAGCCACUGAUUCCAGGAGAGCAGGCUUGAUUUUAUGGAGCCUUUCUCCAUGAUUUUUCUACCUUACUGCAACAAUUUGCUUUCUUCUUGUUGCAGAGUGAAAUGAUCUCCUUCUGGGGGUACCCCAGCGAGGAGUAUGACGUGGUGACAGAAGAUGGCUACAUCCUUCAGCUGAACAGGAUUCCUCAUGGGAGGGGAAAUGCUGGGUGCCAAGGUGUGAGACCCGUGGCACUUCUGCAGCAUGGUCUCCUUGGAGAAGGCAGCAGCUGGCUCACCAACUUGCCCAACAGCAGCCUGGGCUUCAUCCUGGCAGAUGCAGGCUACGAUGUCUGGAUAGGAAACAGCAGAGGGAACACCUGGUCCAGGAGACACCAGGUCCUGAUUACCACACAGGAUGAAUUCUGGGCGUUCAGCUUCGAUGAGAUGGCUAAAUACGAUCUGCCAGCCAUGAUCAACUUUAUUGAGCAGAAAACAGGACAGAAACAGCUCUAUUAUAUUGGCCAUUCCCAAGGCACCACCAUAGGUUUUAUAGCCUUUUCCACUAUGCCCCAGCUGGCUCGGAAAAUCAAGGUGUUCUUUGCUCUUUCACCUGUGACCACCGUGAUAUUUUCUCAGAGCCCGUUUAGAAAACUCUCAUUCUUUUCCGACUCUGGGCUUAAGGAGCUGUUUGGCACCAGGGAGUUCCUGCCACACACUGCCCUGGGGGAGCUGGUCCUCUCCAGGUUCUGUGUCUGCUCCAAGAUCUGCAAGCACAUCCUGGCUACAGUUUUCGGGUUUAACUGGAAGAACACAAACAUGAGCCGAUUCGAUGUGUACAUGGGACACACCCCAGCAGGCUCCUCCGUCCAGAACAUCAUCCACUGGCUGCAGGGAGUCCAUGGUGGGGCACUGAGAGCUUUUGAUGGUGGGCACAUGUACAACAGCCUUCACUACAGGCAGGUGAGCUGCUUCCAGUGGCCUUCCCUUUCCCUGCUCUCUUCCCAAGCAUUCCUGCUGUGUCUUCCCUUAAUGCAUUCCUCCCUUCACAAACUGGAAGUUAGGAUCUCUGCCUGCAACAACAGCAUUUUCCAUUCUCAACUUUAUUUUACCGGGGCUCCGUUCUACGAUGUGCAGACCAUGGAGGUGCCCACGGCCAUCUGGAAUGCAGGCCAGGACUGCCUGGCCGACCCCCGGGACACCGCCCUCCUCCUGCCCCAAGUCAAGAACCUGGUGCACCACAAGCUGAUCCCCCACUGGAACCACAUGGAUUUUGUGCUGGGCCUCGAUGCCACCGAGGUUUUGUACCGGGAAAUCCUUGACAUCAUGAAGAAGUAUCCCUAAAGAUGCUUGUUCUACUUGAUAUGAUUUUUUUUUUAGUACUGUCUCUAGAGGAUUUUGAAAUUUCUUUCUGUUUGGACCACAUGAGUAUUGUUGAUUAAAAUGUUCUGCUUUUAACUGGAGCACAGGGUAGGGAGAG